GCCUCGUGGUGGAGAACGACUUAAGAACGCCCACCGCACCCAUUGUUGUCGCAUUGUCGUCAGCAAACUUUCGUAUUAGCAUGCAUGCGUAAUUGAAGACUGUUGUACUUUCAAAAUGCCUGCCGACAUUCGGAGCUUCUUUGGCGGAGGGCCGCCAAAGCUGAGCCAGGGCAGUGAGGGUUCGCAGAAGAAAGAUGAGAAGCCUGCACCGAAGAAAGCAGCACCCAAAAAGGGCCGCGCGAGUCGAGUUGUAAUGGACGAGUCUGACGACGACGACGAAGUCGAAGAAGUCAAACCGAAGAAAGCGACACCCAAGAAACCAGCGCCGAGGAAACAGAAACGCGAACUCACGCCCGAGCUCGAAGAGACGACCACAACUGACUUCUUUGCGAAAUCGAACAAGCCCAAACGGAGCGAACCUGUCAAAAAGGCCGUCGACAAGGCUGUCGAGACACCGAAGGCCACACCGAAAAAAGCGACCGGGCGAGCGUCAAAAAUUGCCACACCAGCGACAAAUGGCAGGGCAUCCGGGAGAGCGAAGAAGCCAGUCACAUCAUACGCGGAGCAGGGCAAUGGGAACGAAUUCGACGAUGACGAUCUCGACAAUGCAGACGAUAUCUUUGGAGACGACUACAAGAACAAGGGCAAGGACGACUACGUCGAGGGUGCAGACAGCGACGACGAGGAUCUGCCGGUCAAGCUGCCACACCGAGAGACACCAGCGAAACCCGCCAAGCAACAGAAGAAAAUCAAAGAUGAAGAUGACUUUGAGCCAGAGGAGGACGUCGACAUGAAAGAUGUCGAUGCAGAAGAUGAGUUCGUAGAGCCCGAGCUGGGAGACGGAGCUGUCAAGAGCGAGCGAAAGAAAACCACCGCUGGACGAAAGCGCAAAUCGCCAGAACCAGACCUGGAUGAAGAAGAGGAGUCAGAGAAGGAAAAGCCAAAAAAGAAGGCUGCAAAGAAAGCAGCUCCUGCCAAGUCACCUGCAAAGAAAGCAGCUCCUGCCAAGUCACCAGCAAAGAAGAAAGCAAAGAAAGAGGACGAGGCUGAGAGUGCGGACAUCCAGGCCAUCUACGACAGUAUCCCGACCGUACGCGCGCCGACUCCUCCGCCUCAAGAUCCGAACAAGAAGUUCGACUGGAGAGCAAACGCCGGUCGCAGUGAGCCAGCCCCACUGGGCGGAGGAUCAUCUGAGAUGCCAUCUGGAUCUGAGACCUGUCUUGCUGGACUCAACUUCGUUUUCACCGGAGUUCUCCAGAAGUGGGGGCGUACCGAAGCGCAAGAACUCGUCAAGCGGCACGGAGGCAAAGUCACAGGCGCACCAAGCAAAAAGACAAACUAUGUCGUUUUGGGUCAAGAUGCUGGUCCCAGCAAGCUGCGCAAGAUCCAAGAGAUGGGCAUCAAGACCAUCGACGAGGACGGCUUAGCGUUGCUCAUUGAAAAGCUCACAGAGGCUGGCAACAAGGGCGAUUCGAAGGCACAAGCAGCACAUAAAGAGAAACAGCGGAAAGAGGAGGAGCAGAUCAAGAAACAGGCAGCUGAACUCGAACAGCAAGAGAAGCAACGCUUAAAGGAGCUAAAGGCAGCACAAACAGCCAAGGCAGCUGCUGGAAAGGCGACUGCUUCUGGCAUCACUGCUGCUGCUCAGAGUGCCGGCCCCGAUGUUGACUCUCGCUUGUGGACAACAAAGUAUGCGCCAUCGUCACUGAACCAGAUCUGUGGCAAUAAAGCUACGGUUGAGAAGAUCCAGCGGUGGUUGCAGAAGUUUCCCAAGAACCUCAAGACUGGUUUCAAGCUCGCUGGCGCUGAUGGCAGUGGUGUCUUCCGCGCGGUCAUGCUCCAUGGCCCACCAGGCAUCGGCAAGACCACAGCAGCACAUCUUGUCGCCAAGCUCGAAGGCUACGACAUCGUUGAGAGAAACGCCAGUGAUACUCGAAGCAAGAAGCUCAUCGAAGAGGGCCUUCGUGGCGUGCUCAGCACGAACUCGUUGCACGGCUACUUCGCUGGUGACGGUCAGAAGGUCGAGGCAUCCAAGAAGAAGCUGGUCUUGAUCAUGGAUGAAGUCGAUGGUAUGUCAGCUGGUGAUCGCGGAGGCGUGGGCGCACUUGCUGCUGUCUGCAAGAAGACUGAGAUUCCGAUGAUCCUGAUCUGCAACGACCGAAAGCUGCCGAAGAUGAAGCCAUUCGACUUCGUCACAUACGACCUACCAUUCCGACGGCCAACCGUUGAUCAGAUCCGCUCUCGUAUCAUGACCAUCGCUUACCGCGAAGGCCUGAAGAUGCCGGCACCUGUGAUCAACGCAUUGAUCGAGGGUAGCCAUGCCGAUAUCCGCCAAGUUGUCAACAUGCUUUCCACCGCCAAGCUGGAUGAAGAAGCAAUGGACUUCGACAAAGGCAAGCAGAUGAGCAAGAACUGGGAGAAGCACGUCAUCUUGAAACCGUGGGACAUCACGCAAAAGAUCCUCGGUGGCGGCAUGUUCGCUCAGAGUAGCAAAGCCACAUUGAACGACAAGAUCGAGCUGUACUUCAACGACCACGAGUUCAGUCCGCUCAUGCUCCAGGAGAACUACCUUGGCACAAAUCCGAUCAAGGCUCUCAACUACUCUGGCAAGGAAAAGAACCUGAAGUCACUCGAGCUGGUAUCUGAAGCCGCUGAUAGCAUCAGCGACGGAGAUCUGGUCGACCGCAUGAUCCAUGGUUCGCAGCAACAGUGGAGUCUCAUGCCAACACAUGCAGUCUUUAGUUUUGUCAGGCCUGCAAGCUUUGUGUCUGGCAGCACUGCCGGCAAUCAGACUCGCUUCACAUCAUGGCUGGGCAAGAACAGCAGUCAAAACAAGCUCCUGCGACUUGUCAAGGAGAUCCAGGCCCACAUGCGGUUACGGUCGUCUGGCGACAGGCACGAGGUCCGACAACAGUACAUCCCGGUCCUGUGGACGGAGAUGGUCGACAAGCUGCAGAAAGGAGGCAAGGAUGCUGUGCCCGAGAUCAUCGAGCUUAUGGACAGCUACUUCCUGACGAAAGAUGACUUCGAUGCCAUCAUGGAGUUGGGCAUUGGCCCAAUGGACCAAGAGAAGGUCAAGAUUGAGACACAGGCCAAGGCCACCUUCACACGAUUAUACAACCAGCAGUCACAUCCUCUGCCGUUCAUGAAGGCGUCAUCGGUCGUAGCACCCAAGAAACAGGCCAAGGAGAAGCCCGAUCUCGAAGAAGCCAUCGAAGAGUCCGACGAGGGCGAGGUCAUCGAAGAGGUCAAGGAAGAGGACGAGGACGUGGACGUGGACUUGUCCAAAGACAAGUAUGUCAAGCAGCCGAAGAAGAAGGCGGCGCCAAAGAAGAAGGUUGCUGCGACAGGCAAGGGCAAGAAGAGAGCGAAGGAAGAGAGCGAGGAUGAAGAAGAGGAGGAGGAGGAUGUCAAGCCGAAGGCGAAGGCGAAGGCUAAGGGCAAGGCGGCUGCUACCAAAGCAAAGAAGUAGUGAGUGAGCUUGAAUGUUUAGAUACACAUGUACGUGCUAGGCGAGUGUUUGAUAUGGCUUU